AUGCCUCUAGUCUUGUUCACACCAGCCCCUUCCGACACCUCGACAACAAUCAUCAACGGCGUCUCCUUCAGCAUCCCCGCGCUUAACACUUUCCACUACGCGCUCUACACCAACAAUACUAUUUCUAACGGAUCGGAGUGCUACCUCGCUUUCGACGGGUUCAGGCCUAGUAUGCUGGAUAAUGGGACGUGGCUCCAUGCUACAUCGUGCUAUAUCCCUUACUUCGAAAUGUCGUCACGGGGGGUGACGAGCAUUGUAUUUGGCGUGCUGUUUGGGGUGAGCGUCAUGUUCACUUUGAUGAACUUGAAGAAGCACGGCGCGCAACAUCUCCGCGAAGACAAGAGAUUCAGGUUAGUCGGAAGACGCUGGCAAUGGUACUGGAUGCUCUUUGUCUCUGCAUGCGCGAUGAUCAGCCUCUUCACUGGCAUCGACGUCGACCGUUACUACCUACAGCAAAUGCCCAUCAUGCUGCAGUGUUUCUUCUUCGCACUAAUGUUACCCGUGGCUCUAGCAGCCGUUUGGGAAUCCAUCCGCCACUGGGGCAGCUGGCAGGAGCGCCAACUCGUCGACGCAGAUCCUUACGGCAUGCCGCCCAACGCCAGCAGGACCAAGAUCCAAUUUUACGCCCCGCUCAUCUUCUACCUCUUCGCGUGGCUCAACUUCUUCCUCACGAUCCCAAAACCUUGGACACCUAUCCAAAAGCAAAACACGACCGAGCAAAUCCGCGACAUCGCCCUCCCCGCCGCAACAAACACCCGCACCAAAGCCGGCGCCCUCAUCGCGCUUCUCGCCUGGCUCACAAUAGCCUUCACCCUCACGCACACCAUCCGCACCUUCCACCAAGGCAAAUCCUUCCUCUCUACAGUUCCCAAGCAUCUCCUCCUCAACCUGCUCCUCCUCGCCGUCCACAUCGCCUACGCCAUCCUAUCAUCCUUCUCCUUCCGCCUCGCCCUCGCCAACCAGAAAGUCCCCAUUGCCUACCCCUUCGCGCUGGGCUACGCGCCGCUCCUGCUCAUCCUGCUGAGCGCUAAUGUCGCGGGGUUCCGCACUGAGAACGAGGACAGGCAGCUCAUUGCGCAGCGCGUGGCGCGGGGCCGCGUGCACGAUGCGGAGCUGAACCUCAUCAAGAAACCAAGCUGGUGGAGUAGGAACAUGGCGGCGAGGUUUGCAGGGGAGGAGGAGAGGUUGCGGAAUAUGGCUGGUGAGGUUGGUGGGAGGCCGACGGCGAGGGCGAUGGAGAUGGGUGAUAUGAAGGUACGCCAGAGGAGUGGGAGUAGAUCCACCAGAGAUCCUUUCAGGGAUGAGAGUCCGGAAGGGGAAAGAAGCAGAGGGCGGGGGACGGGAAUGCAAGCCCGGGGGGGCAGUGAUGCAAUUGCGCAGCGGGAGAUCGAAGUGGCACCACAACCCGUUGGACCGCCGCAACAGCAGAAAAUAAGGAGUAUGCUGGAUGUUUGA